UCAGUCUUCAGUAUCAAACAAGUCAAUAGACAACCGUAAGUGUUUUGUUGCCCAAAAACAGAGAAAACAUCAGGCAAGCACUGAAAGCAGCAGAGUCAAAAUCAAGAAAAACAGUGCAUCCUCUGAGCUCACGAUGACACCAUUCACCAUUGCAGUUUCAUCAUGUGCAUUAUUUAGACAAGAGAACGGGGAGACCGCUCUAGGAGUUGCUUAUCCAUUAGUCAAGGCACUUAAAAUGGUGAAUCAAAGUAUGAGCGAGAUGGAUCCAACCGUUGAAGAGUGGUUUAAAAUUGUGGUGAUACCUACCAACAUGGAUCACUUCAAAAAGAGCGUUGAAAACUAUAAUCUAAAAAUUGAGAUUGCUUGUGAAAAGCCCAUCCUAGAACACCUUGAGGAGAUCAAGCCUAUUCUCUUCCUUUCCACAAAUGCACAGAAUGUGAGAGAGGCCAUCAGUGCAGGAUACGGAGCAGCCACUAUGUUCCAGCAAGAUUACGACGAGCACAGUGAUGAAGAGUUACGUGUGGCCUUUGAUGGUGAUGGAGUCCUGUUUUCAGAUGAGUCAGAGAAAGUCACCGCAAAGAAAGGUCUAGAGGCUUUCUGUCAAAAUGAGCGUGAUAAAGAGGACACAUCUUUGGCACUGGGUCCUCUAAGUAUGUUUUUUAAAGCAUUGGUACAGCUCCAGAAGAGUCACAAAAAGAGUCCAAUUCGUACCUACUUGGUAACAUCACGUGGCACAACAAGUCCUGGAAUCAGAGCCCUAAAGACUCUUAAGGAGAACAAUCUGGAGAUAAAUGAGGCAUUCUUUCUGUGUGGUGCCCAUAAAGGGCCUGUGCUGAAAGCAAUCAAUCCUCACAUAUUCUUUGAUGACCAGAAGAAACAUGUUGCCCUUCAAAACAGGGUUAUUGGUGCUCAUGUACCAUAUGGUGUGAGGAAUAAGUGAGAAUAAAACCUAAUCUUAUAUGUAAAAGGGAGAAACCAUAUUUUCUUCUGCAACAUGAUUUAUAAUGUCAGGAAAGCUAAAUUUGGUAAUUAUUUCCUGUCUUUUUUCUUAAGGCUUAAAGUGUAAAUGAAAUUAAGGCAAAUGCUGAUUUUAUGUAUUGUUGAGCUGGUGAUUAUAUUUUAAUGGAGAAACUAAUCAAUAAAUCAUUACAUGAAA